GCUGCGCGGAGCGCUGCGGGCGGGGGCGGCCGCGGCCGCCGGGAGCUUCCCGUCAGCGCCCCGCCGCCCCUGGGCAGCGCUGCCCGGCCCCGAUGAGGCCUCGACGGGGCGAGUGAGCGAAGGGGGAGCCGGGGUGGGGGGAGAGGCUCCACCUGCGGCGAGCUCCCGGCUCUGCCCUGCCCUGCCCUGGCCGGCCCGGGGAGGGAGGAUGUGGUGAGAGGAUGGACGGCGCCGUCUGCCUCCGGGGCUCGCCAUGGCCAGGGAGGACUCGGUGAGGUGCCUGCGCUGCCUGCUUUACGCCCUCAACCUCCUCUUCUGGUUGAUGUCCAUCAGUGUUUUAGGUGUUUCUGCUUGGAUGAGAGACUACCUGAAUAAUGUUCUCACUUUAACUGCAGAAACAAGGGUGGAAGAGGCUGUCAUUUUGACGUACUUUCCUGUGGUCCAUCCAGUCAUGAUUGCAGUCUGCUGUUUCCUUAUCCUAGUUGGAAUGUUGGGCUACUGUGGAACGGUGAAAAGAAAUCUGUUGCUCCUUGUCUGGUACUUUGGAAGCUUGCUUGUAAUAUUCUGUGUUGAACUGGCCUGUGGUGUUUGGACCUAUGAGCAGGAAAUAACGGUUCCAGUACAGUGGUCUGAUAUGAUCACUCUGAAAGCCAGGAUGACCAAUUAUGGCCUACCUAGAUACCAGUGGCUGACCCAUGCCUGGAAUUUCUUUCAGAGGGAGUUUAAAUGUUGUGGGGUGGUGUACUUCACAGACUGGCUGGAAAUGACAGAGAUGGACUGGCCACCUGACUCCUGUUGUGUCAGAGAGUUCCCAGGUUGCUCUAAACAGGCACAUCAUGAGGAUCUCAGUGACCUUUAUCAGGAGGGAUGCGGUAAAAAAAUGUACACAUUUUUGAGGGGGACGAAGCAAUUGCAAGUGCUGAGAUUUCUUGGAAUCUCUAUUGGAGUAACGCAGAUUCUGGCUAUGAUCCUCACUAUUACCUUGCUGUGGGCUCUGUACUAUGACAGAAGGGAUCCUGGGGCGGAUCAAAUCAUGUCCCUGAAGAAUGAUACCUCACAGCAGCUGUCAUGUCAUUCUGUGGAGCUACUGAAACCAAGCCUAACAAGAAUCUUUGAACAUACAUCCAUGGCAAACAGCUUUAAUACACACUUUGAAAUGGAAGAAUUGUAGGUGAUUGAAUUGAUCUAAGAAGUUACAGGGGCUUUAAUCAUUUUUUGUUGUUUUUAUUCUGUUCCAUCAAGUAUACCAAAUAUACCAGUCUUCCUAUGCUUCAAAGACCAGCUAAUGAUUGAUAAAGAGGCCUGUGUAGUAAGAAAGAUAAUGAAAUGUCUGUAUUUCAGCCUCUUAGAAGAGCCAUAUAACAGAGUUGUUCUUGUUUUUAAAAGGCAUUCAUUCUCUGGGCACAGUAAUAGUUAACUUACUGUCACAAGAUGAGUGAUGUGUAAAAUACUGAUUUGUUCACGUGUAGAUAGACAGAACCUCUAAGGGAAGCAUCAUGGGAAAGGAAGAAAGAUACUUGUCUUCUGAAAAAAUGACUGUGCUUUGGACAAACAAAAUGUGACUUCAGCUGAAAUUCACUUUUACAUUUUUAAUAAGCCAUUUGGAAAAUGUCUUAAAAUAAUCAGGGAUCUAUGUAUAUAUAAUUGUGUGUUUUUGUGUGUGCAUGGAUAGCAGAACUACAAUUCAAGUAAAUACUUGGAUUUGAAAAAUUGCACGAUCUGUAAAAAGUGCAAGAUUUUCUUUUUUCUAACAAAACCUUUAUCUUAGCUAUUAUUGUUAAAGAUGUUCUAAAACUUCUAUUUUUAUCUAAUGUAACUGUUUAAUUUUUAAAUUUAUUAAACGGUUAAAUGUAUUAAACAGGGAUUAAAAACAAAGUGAUGAUUUUGGACAA